GGAAUGUGGCCGUGGACUGGAGGCUGAGGAGAGGGCUUGGAGUCGUGUGCCAGGCCCUCGUGUGGCUGAGGCCCGUGUGGCUGAGGCCCGUGUGGCUGGUCCCGCAUAGCCAGGAGCCGGCCGGAGGACGCCCAGAGGAGCCAGAGGACGCCCAGAGGAGUCGGGUGUGUGUCGGCAGCGCUGCCUGACCUGUUAGUCGCCGUUCCUAGACACUCACUCCCUCGGAGACACAUCCCUGAUCCCCCGGGUACACAGCCAUGGCCUUUUUUGUCCACCCCAAUUGCCAGGCAGCGAGUUUCGCCUUCAACAUUCUGGGAUGGAUGUUCUCCAUGAUUUGCAUGGGCCUGGCCGAGUGGCGGGUGUGGUACAUGGAGAGCAGCUCCGCCCCGUCCCGGGGGCUGGCCUGCGUUGGGAUAUGGAAGGUCUGCACUUACCAGUCCGCCAACCUCCACAGCAGAAAAAUUGAGUGUCACCGCUACAGCUACAGUGACACCUACCUGCCGCUGGAUAUCCGCAUCGCUCAGAACCUGCUGCUGGCCGCCAGCCUCCUCGGGCUGCUGGGAAAAGUGCUCACGGUCACGGGCCUGCUGAGAGUGUACGCGGGACACCGUCAGAAGAACACCAUCUGCAAUCUGUUCUGCGCUUCCGGAGUCCUGAGCAUCAUAGCGGGGGCAUUUAUCUUCACUGCUGUCAUCUGGAACCACCACUCCGUGUUGAAUGAAGAGGGCAUACGCUUCCCACCAUCCUUCCACAUCCCCUUCAGGCCCGACCGGCAGGAGAUUGGUAGUGCCGUGCCUAUGGCGGUUCUGGCUGCCUUCCUCAUGCUGUUGAGUGGGCUACUUACCAUCUCUUUCCAGCUGCACCCCAACAACCAAGUGUACCCCAAAGUCUCGUAAAUGUGAAAUUCCCGGUUGCAUAGCUUUGGGAAUCCAUGAGAGCUGCUUUAUGGGGGUGCAGUGUUAUCAGGAUGCUCUAUGAAAUAGUUCCAAGGCAAAGGUCAUUCUGAGCAGAAAGUGGCCAUUGGCUUCUAUGUCCAAAUUGGGCUCAUU